CCGAGUAGCAGCUUUUUCUCUUUAACAAGUUGCCCAUGCCCAGCUGAUGGCAAUGACAAAAUGGUCGGGCACAGUUUGCCCAGCCAAAUGAGAAGGUUUUUCGCUUUGUUCCACGGUGAAAAUUAGGGAUGGCGGCGACGCAGCGACGCACGCUGACGCUGGGGCAACCGCUGCACAUAAAACAAGAGACGCUGCCGAUGAGGACGCUGCCGCAAUCGCCAAUUCAGCACCAGCAAAAUGCAGCCCCAGUCAAGAGCGAAACAAUGCAGUCUAUUGAUCUCGAGACUCGACUCUUCAAGCAUGCCACACAGCAGUCGACGAACGGUUUUCACCAGGAGGCUUCAACAGCAUCCCCAUCGUCCUCCUUUCUCGGGGGGAAGUCUGCUAAAUUGCAGCAGUUCCUGGAGGAAAGCGCCAGCCCUGAAUCAAAACGCACCGUGGACAUGCUGUUGUCCCAAGUGCAGUUGCUGUCUGCCCAAGAAAAGAUGCUUUUGUACCUGAAAUUACCUGGCGCUGUCAAAAACGGAGGUGGACUCCCGCAGACUGACCCUCUGAGGCAACCAAUCAAUCCGCUGGGCACCAGACACGAAAUCCAGCAAACCAUCACCUGGAUCAAGACUCACUUGACUGAGGACCCUGACGUUUCCAUGCCAAAGCAGGAGGUGUACGAUGAAUACAUGGCCUACUGCGAAACAAACAGCAUGAAGCACUUGUCAACAGCUGACUUUGGCAAAGUGAUGAAACAGGUUUUUCCACGAGUGAGACCCCGACGUCUGGGAACCAGAGGAAACUCUAGAUACUGCUACGCUGGCUUGUGCAAAAGGAUGCGACUCGACAGGCCAAUGCUGCCAGAUUUGGGUUGUGAUUCGGAGUUACCAUCCACAGAAAAGGGUGACUCGAAUUUGGAAGCUGCCGCCUCAUUCUUGAUUCGAGAGUGGGCGCAGAAAUUGCUGGGAGAGAACUUCAGCAGCUUGCGUGAACUAGCGUCACACUUGGUGGACAAGAUGUGCGUGGACGGCCGCUCCGUGGCAGCAUUCGCCCUGCUCUCGGCCACCUCUGAAACCAACGAAGAGGAAGACUCAGCUGCCCACAUGUUAGCAGCUAAAGAGAGAGACGCUCAGUUUGAGAGGAAACUGGUGGAGAAGGAGCCGUCAAAGCGGAAAAAUAGUCAAGACAGUGACAAAACCGAAGUAGCCGUCCGACCAGCUUCCGGCUGCAAGAGACAAAGGCUCAAAAAUGGUCGCAACAGCAUCGAUUCCCCAGUCAGGCGGUCCGAUUCAAAGAAGCGCCCCUCUCCGUCAGCGUCGUCAUCAUCAGUGUCACCGGCGCCUACGACGCCGACCACCAAGAUGAUGAUUCCUCGACUCUCCACCUCGACUGCAGCAACUCCAGCCCCCAACACAAACAGCGGAAGCACUGCCUCAACGAAUAAACUUAUACUGAUCUCUCCAUCAAAACAGCAGCAGCAGCAGCAACCUCCUCAACAGAAUCAACCGAUACAGCAGCAGCAGAACAAAAAGUACAAACGCAUCCAGCCGAAACCAGAACCGCCGCUGGACGCUGGUGAAGAGGCGAAUUUCUUCAAUGAGCUCAACACGGGUGAACUGAUAAACGAGUCGAUUGGGAUGCCCAACUUGGAGCAGAGUGCAAUAGACGAUUAUUUGAACGGCGGAAAUUCGCAGGAGCAAGAGGAUCAUGAGCUUAUGACCUACUUCCACACGUCUGAUUCGCCUGCCACAACCACAAAUCCAGAGCCGCCAGUGCAAGCAGUCGUGAACGAAGAGCCAGCAAAAAUCUCGCAGCUACGGCGGCUGCUCGAGGGAAACGAGCGCGUCAUCAAAGAGAACACAAAGCGGCGCGUGAGUUUCGAGAACCCGACGUUUGACACAGUGCCAGCAAGUCCGAACACCCGGCGGCGCGUCUUCAACUUCCUGCCCAUCUCGCCAGAUGACGCAGUGCCUGGCGUGCUGCAGGCGCCGCCGCCGUCUCCGGCGUCGACGGCUACGUCGGCCAGCCCGUUUGUGUCGCCGGCCAACACGCCAGUGCCGCGCUCGCGCAACAACUCUGGCCAGCAGUUCAUCUACCCGUCGCGAACACGGCACAGCUCAGCACCCAAGCCGAACCUGACGGUUCGCGGCCGCAACUUCUCGGGCCCGGCGCCACUGAGUCUGAGCGCGGCGUCGCUGUCGCCGAUGCUGGCACCGCCAGACGGCCGGCAACGCCACACGUCGGCCCAGCAACUGCCACUGUUCGACCUUCUCGGACAGGACACGUUCCUCUCGGACCCCGGCAUGCAGCAGUUCCGCUCGCAGUCUGUGCCGCUGCACCAGAUGCUGCAGACGACACCUUCGUCAAUCGCGGCCACGCCCGUACCGUCCGAGUUCAACGACUUCGACACCAGCGAGACGCUGCAGAUCCUACUGGAGGACCAGGCGCUGCUGGACGAGGCAGCGCGCGCCACGGUCGGCGGCACUUUCAACUCGCGUUCGUUCCCCAACACGCCGGUCACUGAGCUGGGUGGGCCGACGCUUCUGCCGUCACUGCUCGCUGAGCCAGCGGCGGCAUCGUCACGCUCUUACCCCAGCACACCGGUGGUCAACGAGCAGGACCCGGUCAUCUCACAGCUCACGCUCAACGCCAUCAACCAGCCGGCCGGUGAAUUUGGCGACCACGCCGCCCGCCGCAACCUCACUGACCUGAUGGACGCGCCGGGCACGUUCGGCGCCGACGACCAGGCUGUCUUCCAGGGCAUUGGCGCCGACUUUGGCGCUGUCAACGAGCAGAACACGUUUGAAGAUUUUGACCAGUCAGAGCUGACCAAGCUGGUGCAGGAGGUCGAGGGCACCACCCUGCUGCACGAGGAGUCCCUCUCCUAACGCACAACCAUCUCUUUUUGUACGUGGAAAACUAUUUUUUGAUAGCAUGAGCAUUCCAGCCUUACUUUUUGUACUUCUCGUGGCUUUACAAUUGGGCCAUCAGCCGGUGCUUCUGCAUAGUGUCGACUUUGAUGGGCGCUGCGAGAGCACAUACACACACACACACACACUCUGCUUUUUCGAUUCAAUGAGCGUGCGGCUACGGCUUUGAAAGAGGACAUUCAUGUGAUUGACUCGGUACAAAAUUUUCCUUAUAUAAGAGCCGCGUUUUGCAAGCAUUACUUAGGACGCUUCUCAAACUAAAGCCCGCUCAUUUAUUUAACUCUUGAGAAAAUUCCAAUAUUUUGGACUUAAAGCCAGUUUAAAUUUUAAAAUAAUAUUUUUUCUUUUCCUCUACCGCCUUCAAAUUCUUGGUUAAUUUUUUGACUCAACCCUCCCCGUCGCUUCUAGUACUAAAACUAAGUAAAUAACCUACUUAAAUUCCCCCAAAGAGUCUUUCAACUGAAAGUUGCGUUCUGUAUUGUGAAGCGUCCAUCGAUGGCAAUUUAUUACAGCAUCAUUCUCCACGUUCUUACUACGGCUCUGAUAAAAUAAAAAAUACGUGUGUUUUGUUACAUUUUUAUCUUUAUAAUGUAAUUGUAGUGGCGCUUUUAUAAAAAAAGUCAUGCAUCGCCUUUGUAAUUAUAAUCCUCUGAGAAUGCCAUUGAACGAAAUAAUUGUAUAUUAACACCGACCUGUCCCAGUAAACCACACUCUUGCACCCAUCACAGUUUUUUUAGAAUAACGAAUCAAAAGCCGAAUUCUAUUUUUGACCAAUUUUGAUGAAAACUUGACGAGCAGAAGCACUCAUUUUUUGCAAAGUGGUCCGCUUGAGGGCUGGCUUGUUGUGAACCAUGUGAUGUGCCAUUUCGGUUGACCAGCGCGUGCCCCAGUGGCUAAGCAUCCCUCAAUGAUCUCACCCCAGCAGAGGCAAUAAGAAAGUGAAAAUGAAACGAAAACGAAAAUGCUAGCGGUGCUUCGCGGCAGCACUCGGGGCACACCUCUGUUUUUUAUCCUUCGGUGAUAAAUUGGAGUAAUAUUUUCUACUACUGUAUUUAGCGAGUUAAUGUUGGUGUCACUUUCUCUUACUCAAUUCAGUGUUUUGCAUGCGUAAUAAUUAUAAAAUUACGGAUAAUAAUCACACACACACACACACACAUACACACACUCUCACAUUACUAUACACGACACAUUAUUGGUGGUUUUGUAUGACCAGCAGUAUUAAGGAAAUAUGCGACUCUCAUGCUAGUUAACGAGCGAUUCAAUACGAUGCGUCGUCGUCGUCGUCGUCGUCGACACCACAUCGGCAGACCCGGGUGCCGACUUCGACUGUGUACUUACUGUUACAUGUAGGCUAGGGCAGCAGACACGAGACUCAAACGGCAGCUCUGUGGGUCUCUGCGCGAAUUCAUGUGAUGUGUGCCGCCUAAUUUUAAUUAGUUGAUCGACUAUAAGACAACUUGUGUAUAAAAAACGACUAAUAUUUUUUCAUCCAAACACCAAAAUUUUCGGUCAAAGUGUCGAUUGGUUGAAUUUGUGAUUGCCGAGACCUGUAUUUUUACGAGGCAGAAAGUUUGACGAUGUCACAAAUUGCAAAGUGAGGGAGGGAAUAUGCUAUGAGGAAAAUCAAGGAGGUGGAGUAAGAUUUAUAUUUCUACGAGAUGAUUAUAUUUUUGCUGAACUGGGACGCGACUUUAUUAACCGUUUCUUGUCCCGAGUAUCAAUUCUUCUUCUUUUUUUCUGUUGUUUCUGUUGACGUUUUGAAGCAUUAUUUUGCGUCUUGCACAAAUCCGAAGCAAUUUUAGACCUCUUGCUCUAUGUUGCCAUUGAGAGAUUGCGAAACGGAAAAAAUACACAUUUGGGACCACGCUAACCGAUUCAGUGCCUGCACCAAGACUGAUCGACUUUCAAAAAUAGUUUCAAAAUUCAGCUCUUGCUUCUUCACCAUUAAUUUCCCUGUGUAAAAUUGCUCCGGAGUCCGCCAAGUCCAAACACGCAAAAUUUAAAUUUCACUUGUUGAUUUUGCAUGCAGUCCUAAUUUUUAAGAGCUAUUUUUCAUUUUUAUACAUGGUUACUUUUAAGAGGAGGGAGGAGUUCUUCUUGUUGAAUUGGAUCUGGAAAGACACUACUUUUGGGAGGAAAAUUGCAGCUCGUCAUUCGGCCUUUCUACUUUUUUGACAGACUUGUUGACGCAGCCGAUUAAUUAGAAACCUUGAUUGUUUCUUCUCAAAAUGACGUUUUUGCCAAACAGUAUGGACUGAUGAUGACGUCUUUACUCGGAAACACAAUAUUUUUGUAUGACCAACACUUUUAAUGAAGAGAUACAAAAGCAAGCUUUGCACCAUGAGGGGGCUGACAGGAGCCAGUCAUACAAUUACACACGACGCGAUUGUAUCAUGCUGCCAAGUACAAAUUUUUUAAUAAAAAAAUGAUAUCGAUUAUGAUGUAAAUUUUAAUAAUUGAAAUUACGCGAAUUCUUGUAGCUUGUUGUCUUUGGGGUUGAAAUCGCUCAGCCUCGAACGCAGUUAGCUGAAUCAAUACCUUGUGUAUAAGCUCACUAUAAUUUAACCUGUUUUUUGAAUAAAAAUAAACUGAAAAAAUGGAAAAAUAA